UUCGCACAUAUUUAUAAUACGUCCUUCAUCCCUUCUCUUCCUUAAUUCUCUUCGCUUUCUCUCUCUCUCUCAACAACUUCAAACCCAAAAAUGAGGAGAAACUGCAACUUGGAACUUGCCCUUUUCCCUCCCUCCGAUUCUGGCCCUCUCCACCACCACCCCGCCAGGGUUCAAGAAACUACUGAGAUCAGUCCGCUCCAUCACCACCACCGACAGGAGCACCAACAACAACCGCUCACAAUUUUCUACGAUGGCAAGAUUUGUGUUGCCGAUGUCACCGAGCUUCAGGCGAAGUCUAUUUUAAUGCUUGCAAAUGGAAAAUUGGAAGAAAGAGCUCGAACAGGAAAUGGAUCAGAAGCAUCUUCUCCCACAGUUUUGCAAUCUCCUAAUCAGUUGUAUAGUCCUGGCACUGGACUUUCCAUGAGAAAAUCCUUGCAACGCUUCCUUAUCAAGAGAAAGAAUCGGGUCCAAGAAGCCUCACCAUACCAUCACUAGUUAAUUAUCUUCUAUCACUUUCCGAUCAAUCAAUCAUUCUCUUCUUUCUUUCUUUCUUUCAUACUUUCUUAGGUUAGUUACCACUUCAUUUUUGUGUUCUACUCCCUGUAAAUACUUACCUUCCAAACCUUACUUAUUUAAAACUCUUUCUAACUAAGAAAGAGUUUAAGAAAGAGUUUAUGAAUAUAUAUUUUCCAUUUCUUCUUAUUAAUAUAUAUUUUCUUUCUUUC